AUGUACAUUCUGAUAAGCAAUGAAGGAUGCGUCAUUCUUGGUAGUGGUAGCCUACGACUACGAAUUUCUUUCAUUACUGAAGCUAUAGCUCGUAUUACUUUCACAGAUGGAAAGCCAUUUCAGCCAGGACCAAGUCUAAUCGUCACAACACAGUCAACGUUUACUGAUUAUCAUCUUGAAGAGAAACUAACAAAUUUUACCAUCUCUACACCAACUAUUACGAUCACGGUAGACAAGGAAUCAGGUGGAGUUUCUUAUUUUGAUCAAACCGGCAAUAUUCUCCUGGGGGAACCAGAGCGCGGUGGAAAAUGGUUGACUGCAAAGAAAGUUUAUUGGACUGCUUCAAAUAAAAAUACAUGGCUUUCAAGUCAACAAAAUGUCAACUCUGAAUGUGUUGCGGACACAGCUCGUGAUGUUUUCGAAGCAAAGUUAGAAUUUGUAUUUAAUGAAAACGAGGCGCUUUUCGGUCUUGGUUCACAUGAAGAAGGCUACAGUAACUUACGCGGUAAAUGUCGACAAUUGUAUCAACAUAAUCGAAAGAUAGUAAUUCCAUAUUUCGUUUCUACUCGUGGUUAUGGUCUACUGAUCGAUUGCUGUUCAUUGAUGGUCUUUCAUGAUGACAGUCUCGGUUCCUAUAUUUGGGCUGAUGUUGUUAAUGAGCUCGAUUAUUAUUUUAUUUACGGAGGAAACUUUGAUAAUGUCACCCGUGGAUAUCAUGAACUUACUGGUAAAGCUCCAAUGUUACCGAAAUGGGCGUUCGGCUACAUACAAUCUAAGGAACGUUACGUCAAUGCCAAUGAGAUGAUAGCCAUUGCUGGUGAAUAUCGUCGUCGACAAAUACCACUUGAUCUUAUUGUUCUGGAUUGGCGAUCGUGGAGCGGAAAUUUCUGGGGUCAAAAAACCUUCGAUCCUGUUCGAUUUCCUGAUCCCACGACGUUUAUCAAUACUUUACAUGAGAUGAAUGUACAUUUUAUGAUUUCUGUUUGGCCAACCAUGUCUGGUGACUGUCCAAAUCAGAAAGAAAUGGAACAGCAUGGUUUCAUGUUAGGCGAUGGCCAAACUUACAAUGCAUUCUUACCUGAAGCUCGCAAACUUUAUUGGGACCAAGCAUAUAGCGGUCUCUUCGUUCAUGGAGUUGACGCUUGGUGGUGUGAUAGUUCUGAACCUUUUGUAGCAGACUGGUCGAAUGCAGUUGAACUCGAAUCACACAUUCGACUGGUUGUAAACACUCAAAAUUUUAAACAAUACAUUGAUCCUAGUCUAAUCAAUGUUUAUGCACUCUUACACGCACAGGGCGUUUAUGAAGGUCAACGUCGCACUACGUCAACCAAACGUGUCCUAAAUCUUACGCGCUCUGCAUAUGCAGGUCAGCAUCGCUAUGCAACAGUUCUAUGGAACGGUGACAUUUCUGCUACAUGGGAAACAUUACGCCGUUGUAUACCUGAAGGUGUCAAUUUCUGUGCGGCCGGAGAACCUUAUUGGACGUUGGAUAUAGGUGCCUUUUUUAUCAACUAUAGUAUCAACACCUGGUUUUGGCAUGGUGAUUAUUCAGAUGGAUGUCGUGGAAUUACUGACGGUGACGCUAUUGAACCCGAUCCACAAGACACUGGCUGUCGUGAUCUCGGAUUUUGGGAACUUUAUGCACGUUGGUUUCAAUAUGGUUCGUUUUUGCCUAUGUUUCGUACUCAUGGUACUGAUGCAUCUCGUGAAAUUUGGCGUUUUGGUGAAGCAGGAACACCAUUCUACGAUAAUAUUGCUAAAUAUAUUCGCCUGCGUUACCAACUUCUACCAUAUAUAUACUCCUUAGCUGGUCAAGUGACACUAAAUAGUUAUACAAUUAUGCGCGCCGUAGCUAUAGAUUAUCCAAAUGAUACCAAAACGUUCAAUAUCACAGAUCAAUAUCUCUUCGGUUCCGCACUGAUGGUAUGUCCAGUGACGACACCAAUGUAUUAUGAACGCAAUUCAAAACCUAUUCCAGAUGCUCCAAAAACUCGUCUUGUCUAUCUUCCGACUGGCAAUCAAUGGUAUGAUUUUUGGACUGAAACUGUUUAUGAUGGUGGACAAACAAUGAAUGUUGAUGCUCCACUUGAUACAAUGCCACUUUUUGUUCGUGCUGGUUCAAUCAUUCCGAUGACGCAAGUCAUGCAAUACGUAAACGAAGUUCCUAGUGCAGCUUACGAAAUUCGAAUUUAUCGAGGUGAUGAUACCAACUUUACGAUUUAUGAAGAUGCAGGUGAUAAGUAUGACUAUGAACAAGGCUCCUUUGCCUUGAUAUACCUUUCAUGGCUUGAAACUCUUGGUCAGCUCACAAUCCAUGAACGUCAAGGCUUUUUUCCUGAACUCAUAGCGGAACGACAAUAUAAUAUAAUAUUUAUUUCAAAGCAAGGUCGAGAAACAAAAACUGUUCUUUACACAGGCAAAGAGGUUCAAAUAUCUGCAACCCAAAAUAUUACUUCAUAG